UCCUGGUCCGAUGCAGGCCUAUAGCCUUUCUUAGAAAGUCAAUUUCCCUAUUAGACAUAAUACCAUAACACCAGUAUGGUUUUAUUUGUGUUCUACAAAUGCGUUAAUUAGUCGAUGGCGUGUUUGGCAACUAAAAUAGGGCACGUGCACGACAGGGCUUGGGCACUCGAGGCAUGGGUUUCUCUGAAAGACGAGGAUAAAUCUCAAUGACAAUUCGAUCCAGAUUGGGUCGUCCUUCAAAAUUGUAGAUAACCCUGUGACGUCAGGAUUAAAGAUUCGUUGACGACGGAGAGACCUUACAUAAUUAAAUAAAGAGGUAGCGAAUUAGGAUGUUACUCCUUCGACGCGCAACUACCCCUUGGCUAAUGGGGACACGAUCUACAAACUGGCAGCGACGCGUGUGCAUGGUUAGAAUCUCGGUGGAGCAGUGGACUAUAGGUUCAAGAACGAGCAAAAGGGAACUGUUCAUGUUUGACUGAUAGUAAAACGGUGAUUCUGAAACACUUUCGGAAAGAGUUUUGAGGGGUACCAUCCGGAUCUAACAUGACGCACGUCUCCCAAGGUGUAUUGGAUUCCUUUCCUGUAAUACAAACUGACUGACUUCAUUUGAGUAUUCAUGAGCAACCGAGACGGAUGGAAAGGAUACUGCAUAAGACUUUGAAUCAUUGAACAAUGAAACAAAGAUUUCUUCAUCGGUUUUUUUUUGACUUGCAAGCUUACCAAACAGUGAUGAGCUUUCUUGCCGAUAACUCUCCAAGUAGCCCUAGGGCCAUCUGCCACCUAACGUUAUAAUAUGUAUCUUAACCGCGUCGACGUUGAUUUAAAGCUCUAUGCCAUGUGUAAUAACCACCAGUAAAGACCACUUUUCUGUGACAAAAAUGUAACUGAUAUUUAUUAAAAUUCCAUUGCAAAGACGAGCGAGACUUACCCGCGGAAAUGCGUCGGUUAUGCACCUUUCUCGUGCAGGUUUCUACCCUGAUAAGCGUUCUCCUACCAUGGACUUCAGCGGAAUUGACUUGUGAAGUUCUGCUCAUGCCACCAGGAAACAUAACAUUGCAUUCUCUGGCAUCCUGGAAUCAGAGUCAAGUCUCCAACAAUUUCACAGGCACGGACCUGUACUGUGACACCUCCAUCGACGGCAUCGGCACCUGCUGGCCCAGGAGUAACGCUGGACAGAUGGUGUCACGACCCUGCCCCGAGAUAUUCUACGGGGUCAGAUACAACACCACCAACAAUGUGUACAGAAAAUGCCAAGCCAAUGGGACAUGGGCUUUGAAAGGGAAUUAUUCCAUGUGCAAGGCCAUACUACAUGAAGAGAAAAAAGGCAAGAUGCACUACCAAAUAGCUGUGAUCAUCAACUUCCUGGGCCACUGUAUCUCGCUGGUGGCUCUUCUUGUGGCCUUUUUCCUCUUCCUGUGUUUGAGGAGCAUCCGUUGCCUCAGAAACAUCAUCCAUUGGAACCUAGUAUCAGCCUUUAUUCUGAGAAAUGCCACCUGGUUUGUCGUCCAAAUGACCAUGAACCCUGAGGUGCACGAAAGCAACGUAAUUUGGUGCCGCCUGGUCACAGCCUCUUUUAAUUACUUCCAUUCAACCAACUUCUUCUGGAUGUUUGGCGAGGGCUGCUACCUCCACACGGCUAUCGUGCUCACCUACUCCACGGACAAGCUACGAAAGUGGAUGUUCAUAUGCAUCGGCUGGUGUAUCCCUUUCCCAAUUAUUGUUGCAUGGGCCAUUGGGAAGCUGUAUUACGACAAUGAGAAGUGCUGGUUUGGUAAGCGAUCCGGGGUAUACACAGACUACAUCUACCAAGGCCCGAUGAUCCUUGUAUUAGUGAUCAAUUUCAUUUUCCUGUUCAACAUAGUAAGGAUCCUCAUGACCAAACUACGAGCAUCCACCACAUCUGAGACCAUGCAAUACAGAAAAGCUGUGAAGGCAACUCUGGUGCUUCUACCUCUAUUGGGAAUAACAUACAUGUUAUUCUUUGUCAACCCGGGAGAAGAUGAAAUAUCCCAGAUCGUGUUCAUUUAUUUCAACUCAUUUUUAGAGUCCUUUCAGGGCUUUUUUGUGUCUGUGUUUUACUGCUUCCUAAACAGUGAGGUGCGGUCAGCAGUCCGGAAGCGUUGGCACCGUUGGCAGGAGCAGCAUUCUAUCCGUGCCAGGAUGACUCGAGCUAUGUCCAUUCCUACAUCCCCGUCUCGGGUCAGCUUCCAUAGUAUGAAGCAGUCCACCUCUCUCUGAGGAGAAGACAGCCUCAGGUCAUUGAUCUGCUCCAGCCAACACCUGCUUUAGAACCAUAGUAGUUAUGCCAUUAAAUGACAAGCAGGUUGGCUUGAGCACAUUCAGAGCAUCUGGGCUAGGUAGAGACUACCCUGUAUUAUGAACCAAGGUACUCAGGAAGAAUGUAGACUUACAAGAGGAUAUUAAAGGGAAGUGGACAGCAAGGUGUGGUUAAGAAGGACACAAUGUAACGCCUUUGGAUUUAGACAUCUGUGGCGUAUGGAUGUGAAGAUCUGACCAAUUGGAUUACUGAUCAUGGAGCAAGUAUAGGCCCAGAACUACUGGGAACGGGUAAUGUAGGUGCCUAUGUAGUACAUGCAAUACGGUAAGGUAUGGCCUUAAUUUUCUUGUCUGGGAAAAGUAUCUGUUUGUGUUUAGCUUAUCGUUCUGGUUUCACUGAGUGCAUCUUGGGCUUUCGCUAGGAAUUUUCUUUAAUGUUAACGUGCGUUUGUGUGCUAAAUAAACUUUGUGCAUUUGGCCAGAUUUCAGACAGGCCUGCAUUCCCAGUGUGUGUGUCUUAUAAAACAGUGUGUAGCUUAUAAAAUAACUAAUAGUCAUUUGCAUUAAAUUGUUGUUUUUCUGGCGCUGAGAUUUGAUGGCUCUGUUGGACUGUGCUCAUUGUUUCACAACAUGUUUUAAAAAUGUUGCUGAUUCUAAUUAUGCAAGUACCUUAUGAAAUCUAUUAGAAUAUUUUAUAGUCGAAUAGUGUUCAUCCUGUCAAGUUCUGUGUGUUAGUGGUGAUUUUAUACAGGCCAUGUACGGAAGCUAUGAAUGCAUUGUCUUAUUUAAUUUUUUUAUUUAAAGUGACAGCUGCUAAUGUGUAUGGCUAUGUACAUUUUUGUACAUUUGAACGGUAGUAGACCUGUUCUCCCAGUAGACUCGUUUUGUGUCGCCACCGUAGAUUCAAAUGCUACCCAGUUAUGUCAUUCUGGAGCCAUGCCUGUGUCGAGUUUGUCUCGAUAUUGUCACUUAUCCUGAGAGAUUUUGACUGCUAUUAAAUUGAAUUACCGGUAUGUUUUGUCUAAACUUGCUGUAUUGCCGUUAGACAACAAUAAGAGUUCGAAGUUGGAUUCAGCUGAACUAUGUUCUUUCAUUGUAAUUUUAGAUUUCAGAAUCGGUUGUUUACAGUUGUGCAAUACUUGUGUAGAUGCUUUUGCCUCUACUGCUUUUUGUCUGCAAUAUUCAGUAAAGUUGUUGUAAAUUCCUUCAUUUAACAAUGAAGUUGUAGGGGGUUAAAUAUUGGCCAAACAACCAAAAAUAAUUCCCCUAUGGUUUAAAGGAAGAUGGAAACUGAACAGUGUAUUAGCAUGAACCAAAUAAUGCCAAUACCAGUAAUUUCAGUUACUUGACUCUACAGGUUAAAUCAGAGCAAGAAUGGUAAAAGUAAGGUCAAAUUAAAUAAACAUUUACCGUAAUAACAU